AGGGAGGAUCCAUGUCACCUGAAUCUCUGUCCUGCCCUCUCCCUCCUCUCACCCUGACAAGAAGAAUUUCUAACCAGGAAGUUCACCGCCCUCCUCCCCUUCUGCUUUCAUAGGCAGCUUCUGCUUUUUGUAUUUUGUGUUUUCAGUCAUCGUCUUGGAAGUGCUGUCCUUCCUUCCUUCCAGGGAGCUGGCUGGAAGAAUGACUUCCCAGGAAAGCGUUUCUUUCUCAGCUUAGGAACGCCAAGACGCACCUGGAGAGCAGAUCUUACGCAACAAAGAACUUUACACCUUGCUGGGCCACCUGACAAGUACAGUAAGUACUACAGACUCGUUAAGAUGGUGAGGUUGGUAUGUAUUGCUGCUGUCAAGGUUUUCUAACUAUCCACAAUUUUGCACGUGGAGAUGAAUUCGCACCCACGACGCAUCCGUCUUAAGCCAUGGCUGGUAGCACAGGUGGACAGUGGGAACUAUCCAGGCCUACACUGGGAAGAUCGGGACCACAAGCUAUUCCGCAUUCCAUGGCGUCAUGCAACACGUCACAUACCAAUGCAAGACGAUGAGAACACCAUAUUUAAGGCCUGGGCAAAGGAAACGGGCAAAUACAAUGAGGGGGUGGAUGAACCUGACCCUGCAAAGUGGAAGGCAAAUUUGCGCUGUGCUCUGAACAAGAGUCGAGAGUUUAAAUUGUUGUAUGAUGGCACUAAGGAAACCCCCAUGCAGCCUUUCAAGAUCUACCAGCUAUGUGACCUUUCUGGGCAGAAUGAAGAUUCUUUACAUUUGGAAGCCUUGCCUGAUGAACCUAUAAGCGAUGAUGAGAAAGAAAUCAACCACAUGUUUCCAAUGCUUGACAUUCAAGAUCCACUUCCUCCUUAUACCUGGCCCAAGUCUGAACCUGUUUUUAGUUCAUGUCCAAAUCUUAUACAGCCCAACCUUGCAAUAGCUGAUUCUGUGCCCUCGGCAUCUCCUGUAACCUACCCUGGUGUGGAGCUGUCACCCCAACCUGUAGUAAUGACCCAUCCAGAGCUGGUUGCCCCAACAGGUCUGGAGACCACGCAGAAUGCAGAGCUUCCUAUACCAGGAGUAAUGCCUACACCUGUUGAGCAGGGGAUUCCAGGCUUACUUAUUAGUCCACAGAUGCUGCCAUUGACUGACCUGGAAAUGAAGUUUCUAUAUAGAGGGAAGCAAGUUGGAAUGUUGACUGUUAGUAACCCUCAUGGCUGCCGACUUUUCUAUAGUAAUCUUGCGCCAACCCCAGAGCAAGUGGAGCUGUUUGGCCCAACUUCACUGGAACAAGUUCGAUUUCCUGGAACAGAUGAGAUUAGUAAUGAGAAACAGAAGUUCUACACUAACCAUCUUCUGGAUGUAAUGGACCGGGGUCUGAUCCUGUGCCUACAAGGGCAGGAUAUAUACGCCAUUCGCUUGUGUCAGUGCAAAGUUUUCUGGUCUGGGCCAUGUGCCCCUAAUGUAGGUGGACCCAACCCUAUAGAAAGGGAGAAGAGAAUCAAACUAUUCAGCCUUGAGACUUUCUUGAAUGAGCUCAUUGCUUGCCAGAAAGGUCAAACAAAUGUAUUGCCUCCAUAUGAGAUAUUCUUCUGUUUUGGUGAAGAAUGGCCGGACCAAAAACCAAGGGAGAAAAAACUCAUCACCGUACAGGUUAUUCCUGUGGCUGCCCGCUUGCUUUCUGAAAUAUUCUCAGGGGAGCUGUCGUGGUCUGCAGAUAGUAUAAAACUCCAGAUAUCACAUCCAGAUCUAAAGGACAAAAUGGUGGAACAAUUCAAAGAACUUCAUCAACUGUGGCAGAGCCAGCAGACCCAAGUGCUUGCUCCACAAGGUGCAGGAACAAAUCCAGGGGUAGAUGUGGCAUCCGGUCCCUGGCCCAUGCACACUGAAAGCAUGCAAUAAGCUCUGUAUGAUCACCUGUGUUACUUCAUGUGACUUGAAAAUUGCAAACCGGUUCAUUCUCAUUUGGACUUUGGGUUGGCUAGUUAAGGUGUCUUCCCACUGCCUCACCUUGGUUUGUAUAAAGAACACUCAGUGAAUCUAAUCGUCAGGAUGUAUUAAGAAUAAACUGUUGAAGCUUGAGAACAGACCUGGAAAAAAGAAAUCUGGUAAUAUAUCCUUAGCUUAAAAUUUUUCACUGAUUACAGGCUAUUCUCUUUCAGACAUUUAAUGGCAUGUAAUACAGCUCAUUCCUGGUCUGGUUUCUGCAGUCCUCUAAUGCCAUGUCGUACCUCGCUGUAAACUGCCUCUCUGCAAAAACCGCUUCUUUGUAGUUUGUUAAAUAAAAUCGCUGUGAGCAAUGAUGUGUAAAAAAAACAAUCAGAAAUGUAAGAUAAUUAAGAAAAAAAAUAUACAAAUAUAUAUAUGUAUAUACAAACACAAACACAACAGUCUAGAAAAAGUAUGCCACAGGAAAACAUAUCCACAUUUUCUUGGGUGCAAUGUUUAGUAGAAAGAUAAUAAUCCACUUCAAUUUUUGGCCUAUUACUGUAUAUGACUAAAGGUUUGCCAACAGUCCAAUGUUUCUAUGUAUAUUUGUUGUGUAAACCAAAGACAGUGACUGAAAAGUAAUAUUGAUUCAGGUAAAGCCUUUAAAAGCUGAACCCUGAGAUCAGAAAAUAUUGUCUAAAUACAAAAAGUAUGUGUAUUUUUACUCGAA